AUGGACGACGACGAAUAUCCAAGGCUUCCGAGGCGGAAUCGUAGCGAGGAUGACCCAAAGAUGAUUGGACUAUGGAAAGUUGGCAGAACUAUUGGCAAGGGAAGCUCAGGACGCGUGAGGAUCGCACGACAUUCAAAAACAGGGCAAUACGCCGCCGUAAAGAUCGUGUCCAAAAACGCCCUCAUGAACUCUAUCACCAAGCUCGCCGACUCCGCGGAACACAUGCUUCUCAGCAUCGAGCGCGAAAUCGUAAUCAUGAAGCUCAUCGACCAUCCUAACAUAAUGCGCCUCUAUGAUGUAUGGGAGACAUCCAGCGAGCUCUAUCUGAUCCUAGAGUAUGUGGAGGGUGGCGAGCUCUUCGAUUAUCUGUGCAAUAAGGGGCGGCUAUCCACCUUCGAAACAUUGGGCUAUUUCCAGCAAAUCAUCUCUGCAAUCGACUAUUGUCAUCGACUCAACAUCGCGCAUCGAGACCUAAAGCCUGAGAACCUUCUCAUGGAUCAAAACAAGAAUAUCAAGGUCGCAGACUUUGGCAUGGCAGCUUGGCAGGCAAGCUCCAAAAACGGAUUACUCCAGACGGCGUGUGGAAGCCCUCAUUAUGCGGCCCCGGAGGUUAUCAUGGGGAAAGAGUACAACGGACGCGCUUCUGAUAUCUGGUCUUGCGGUGUAAUUCUAUUUGCCUUGCUUGUGGGACGCCUUCCUUUCGAUGACGAAGACCUACCGACACUGCUGGAUAAAGUCAAGUCAGGAAAGUUUGACAUGCCAGCCGGCAUCGAUCCCUUGGCCAAGGAUCUUAUCACGAAGAUGCUGCAGAAGGAUGUUGUAAAACGCAUCACGAUCCCUGAAAUUCUCACACACCCAUUCUACCUUUCCCAAAAGCCAAAGCCUGUGGACGCGAGCACACCGAGGCUUAAUGAUAUUGCAAGACCUCUCUCUACUCUUGAAGAAAUUGAUCAAGAUAUUCUUGCGAAUCUUCGCACGCUUUGGCACGGUACGUCCGAGGAAGACAUCAAAGCUAGCCUCAAGAGCUCCGAGCCAAACUGGCAGAAAGGCGUCUACCGACUGCUCACAGAAUAUCGGGACAAACACCUAGAAGAUUACGAUGAGGACGAGGAGGUAGCGCACAGGAAGACACGCAAGAAGAAAUCGAUUAGGAAUGACCCUCAGGGCAUGGCAAGGAUCUCAUCUCAAAUACCCCAUCUGGCACGUGCGCCUUCAUUUCUUCCUCCUCGCGCAGCCCCUCCGACCCCACGUAGGGCAGCUGGUCGCACACUCCCUCCGCACAAGGAUGACAGCGACUACGUACAGCUGGGCGCUCCUCGUAUAACCUUUUGUUCGCCGACACCGCCACGUCCAGAGGCUGAUCUCCGCUCUCCCUUAUCAUCAUAUAUCACAUCUCUUACAUCCCCAUUAUCACCAAUGCUCGGUUCUACGAAUUUGCCCGCGAUUGAAGUGCCGGAGCUCAAGGAUGAUAAGAUGCAGUAUUUCUUCCAGCAAAUCGUGGAGCACCUCAAUGCGAUGGAGGCGCGCACCGCAGGCACACCCCAUCUUGGCAUUGGCAACUCCUCAGCUCCACCCACACCCGUCAAUAUGGAAUUCGGCAAUCUUCACAAAGGAAAAGCUGCACAGACUAGAAACUAUUCAUCGCCUCGGGAGAUCAUAUACAAUGCAGAUAUGAGGCACGAACGACACAGCCAGUUCGGGGAGGACGACAAGGAGAACCUAUCUCUUGGGGUCACUGGACCCGGAAUCAUCAAGAAGUCAUCUCUGCGGAGCAACGAUGGUGACAGACGCCCUGCGUUGCGUGUGCAAAUCAUCGAGCCACCACACAACAAGCUACGCAAGAAGGGCGGCGACACCCCGGCCGCCGUCUCACCAGCAUUUUCUGACAGCUCAUUCACGCUUCCCUCGACACCGCGGCGGCGUUGGCUUGACAGUGUUUUUAGGUUCAAGCCGGUAACGUACCAGCUUCUGUCUACGCAUGAUGGGUUCACAACACGCGAGGAGUGCCGCCGAAUGCUGGUGAACAUGGGCGUCCGCGUGGUGCUUACGCAUGCGGAAAAUGCAGGAGUACUCAAAUGCAAAAUGGAUGAGACGAGGGAUCCGUCUGGAAUUUUGCCAGCGCUGAAGUCGGUGCGGUUUCGGGUAGAGGUGCAGAGGCCGACGCCCGUGCAAAUCACUGCUGGAUAUCAGGUCGUACUACACUUGAUACAGGAGAGGGGCGCGUCGUCAAGCUUCCAGGCGAUUUAUUACAGGCUGAGAAGGAACUGGGAGCUGGACAUUCCGCGAAUGUUGAUGGCGCCAAAUAGUCCACUUUUCAGCCCCACAGAAACCGAGAUGGGAGGGUACGAGUUUAGCGAGAGGUUGGUGUACGCCGAUUAG